AUGCGGUUCGGUGAUCAUUCUCAACAGGUCCUCCAAUUGACCGGGUCCUUCACGGGCUACCGGCCUAUCCACGAACUCGGAAAAGGUUAUCUCAGCGCGACAAAAGAUUUCAAACAACCAUUAUGCGGUAACGAAGAAGGAUGGGGUCCUAUGAGUCCCUUUCGUUAUGAUUUUACGCCCUGUUUCAUUGAUGUAUGGGUGUUUGCCGUUGCCAUCUUCGGUAUCCUCGCCGGAGCUUUGGCGGUGUGGUAUGUUUUAAAGAAACGGAAGCCUGCUGAGCUUCCUAAGGAUUGGCAUUUCUGGUUUAAACAGUCACUCCUAGUUCUCAUUAUCGUCGAUGCCGCCGUCCAGCUCGCCAUCCAGAUCGUCAACUUCCCGGGAAUAUGGCGUGGCGAUUUUCGCGUCCUUACGACGAUUGCUACCCUCAUCUCGCUCGGCGUCAUUUUCACAAUUCAAUGGCUCGAACACGAUCGCAUGAGGAAUGCUAACGGCGUCGCUCUAUUCUAUUGGUUACUCCUCCUAAUCGCGUAUGCUGUGAAGUUAAGGUCCUUAAUUUCUCAGCAAUUAUACGACAGCAACCUUCCAUACUUCGUUGCAUACACUGUCGGGUUUGGCCUCUCUGCUAUCGAAUUCGCAAUCGAAUGGCUUUGGCCCAAGAAGACAAGCACGUAUGAGGCAUUGGUAGAUGAAGAAGGAGAGGAAUGUCCAGUGGAGUAUGCAACUGUAUUCUCUCGUCUUACUUUCUCGUGGAUGACUCCAUUGAUGAAGCAUGGAUAUAAACAAUAUCUCACGGAGGAAGAUCUUUGGGGGCUCUCCCCUAACGAUAAGACCUCUGCGACAGGAGAUAGCUUUGAACAAGCAUGGAAGUACCAAUUAAAACACAAGAGCCGUCCUAGUCUAUGGAUAGCAUUAUUUCAAGCCUAUGGUGGACCUUAUAUGCUUGCCACUGUGUUCAAAGUUGUCAAUGACUUAGCAGCUUUCUCCCAGCCUCAACUUCUACGUUACCUCAUUAGUUUCGUCGAUUCUUAUGGUGAAGGAAAGGUGCCCCAGCCACCUGUCAAGGGUGCUGCCAUCGCCAUUGCUAUGUUCUUCGUCGCGUUGUUGCAGACCAGCAUGAUUCACCAAUACUUUCAGCUCGCCUUUGCGACAGGUAUGCGUAUCAAGUCGGGUCUAGCGUCUGCUAUCUACAAGAAAUCGUUGAAGCUCUCGAAUGAGGGGCGCUCUACGAAGACAACCGGAGAUAUCGUCAACUAUAUGGCUGUCGACGCACAGCGUCUUCAAGAUCUAACCCAGUUUGCGCAACAGCUCUGGUCCGCCCCCUUCCAGAUUACGAUUUGCAUGAUCUCGCUAUACCAACUUGUAGGCUGGUCUAUGCUUUCUGGCAUUGCCGUGAUGAUCAUUAUGAUUCCUAUCAACGGUUUCAUCGCGAGAUAUAUGAAGCGCCUACAAAAGACUCAGAUGAAGAACAAGGAUGCGAGAAGCCGUCUCAUUGCCGAGAUUAUCAACAACAUGAAAAGCAUUAAGCUCUAUGCUUGGAGCACAGCUUUCAUGAAUAAACUAAACUUUGUAAGAAAUGAUCUCGAACUUAAGAAUCUUCGUAAGAUUGGUGCCGGUCAAGCAUUUGCCAAUUUCACCUGGUCUACAACUCCAUUUCUAGUAUCAUGCUCAACCUUCGCCGUUUUCGUCUGGACGCACGAUAUUCCAUUGACGACUGAUAUUGUGUUUCCCGCCUUGGCGCUGUUUAACCUUCUGACGUUCCCGCUUGCUAUUCUCCCCAUGGUCAUCACCUCCAUUAUCGAAGCAAGCGUUGCGGUCGGCCGCCUGACGGAUUAUUUCAUCGCAGAAGAGAUCCAACCCGAUGCUAUCAUGAUUGGCCCGCCGGCGGAAGAACAGGGCGACGAGGCUGUCGUCAUCCGGAAUGCGACCUUCUCGUGGAAUCGCCACGAGACAAAGAACGUUCUCAGAGACAUCGAAUUCAACAGUCGCAAAGGGGAGCUCACGUGCAUAGUUGGUAGAGUUGGUUCCGGAAAGUCCUCUCUAUUGCAAAGUAUCUUAGGCGAUCUGUGGAAGAUCGAAGGUGACGUGCGCAUUCAAGGUUCGAUAGCAUAUGUCGCCCAGCAGCAGUGGAUCAUGAAUGCAACUGUAAAGGAGAACAUCAUAUUCGGACAUCGAUACGACUCCAAUUUCUACGAAAAGACGAUUAAGGCAUGCGCAUUACUUGCUGAUUUCAUGCAACUACCCGACGGGGAUGAUACUGUCGUCGGCGAGAGAGGUAUCUCCUUGAGUGGUGGACAAAAGGCUCGAGUCUCUUUGGCGCGAGCGGUAUACGCGCGGGCUGAUAUUUACCUUCUGGAUGACUGCUUGUCCGCAGUAGAUUCUCAUGUGGGCAGACAUAUCAUCGAUAAUGUACUAGGUCCAAGAGGUCUCCUCAGCUCUAAGUGCAGAAUCUUGGCCACCAAUGCUAUCUCGGUUCUCUCCGAGGCCGAUUACAUAUACCAACUCAAAGAUGGCGAGAUCGUCGAGAGCGGUACUUUUCGCCAAUUGGUAGCUAUGAAAGGUGGUAUUGCAGAGCUCGUCAAGUCUUCCGGCCAGGAAUCUGGAACGGCUUCUUCGGUAUCUAGUCCUGAGGGCUCGGGAAGUGAAACCUCUACCUAUAUCGAGCCAGACAACAGUCAAGAUAAGGAAGAGAUCGAAGAAGCUCAGGAAGGUAUUGCUGAACUGGCACCCAUUAAAACUGGGCCUUCUACGAGCUCGGCCGCGCAGAAGCGAACAGGCAGUAUGUCAACUCUGAGACGCGCAAGCGCAGCCAGCUUCAGAGGUCCCAGAGGUAAACUCAGCGACGAGGAGGAUCCUAAUUAUAAAACCAAGCAAGUCAAAGAGCAUUCGGAGCAAGGCAAAGUAAAAUGGGAUGUAUAUAUGGAAUACGCGAAGACUAGUAAUCUAGUCGCUGUGAGUAUUUACCUUUUCACUUUGAUCACGGCUCAAACGGCGCAAAUCGGCGGAAGCGUCUGGCUGAAAAAUUGGUCGGAGAUGAACGGAAAGGCCGGUGGCAACCCCGAGGUUGGAAAAUACCUCGGUAUCUAUUUCGCCUUUGGUGUCGGCUCUUCUGCGCUGACUGUCGUUCAAACGUUGAUCCUGUGGAUAUUCUGCUCCAUCGAAGCCUCGCGAAAACUUCACGAGAGGAUGGCGACGGCCAUCUUUAGGUCGCCGAUGUCAUUCUUUGACACUACCCCAGCAGGUCGAAUUUUAAAUCGUUUCUCCAGCGAUAUCUAUAAGCUGGACGAAGUCUUGGCCAGAACCUUCAAUAUGCUUUUCGUAAAUCUGGCUCGUUCUGGGUUCACACUGAUCGUCAUCUCCGUCAGCACUCCCGUCUUCGUCGCAUUAAUCAUACCGCUGAGCUUGGUGUACUAUUGGGUGCAGCGGUACUAUCUCAGAACAUCACGAGAACUAAAGCGAUUGGAUAGUGUCAGCCGCAGUCCCAUAUAUGCACACUUCCAGGAGUCACUUGGCGGCAUUAGCACAAUCCGGGCGUACCGACAGCAGAACCGUUUCGAGCUAGAAAACGAAUGGCGUGUUGACUCGAACUUGCGAGCCUACUUCCCGUCCAUCAGCUCAAACAGGUGGUUGGCGAUCCGAUUAGAGUUCCUCGGUGCCGUUAUUAUCCUCGGUGCAGCGGGAUUCUCCAUUAUCUCCGUUACGAACCAUAGCGGUUUGACCGCUGGAAUGGUGGGCUUGGCUAUGUCGUACGCUCUACAGAUCACGACAUCAUUAAACUGGAUCGUUCGCCAAACGGUGGAAGUGGAGACGAAUAUUGUAUCUGUAGAACGAGUCCUCGAGUAUGCACGCCUACCAAGCGAGGCCCCCGAGAUUAUCCCCGGACACAGACCUCCAGUCGCCUGGCCCGCGCAUGGAGCUGUUAAGUUCCACAACUUCAGUACUCGCUAUCGCCCGGGCUUAGACUUGGUACUGAAGAACAUCAACUUGGAUAUCAAGUCUCAUGAAAAAAUAGGUGUGGUAGGACGAACCGGAGCUGGCAAGUCGUCGUUGACGUUGUCCCUUUUCCGUCUGAUCGAGCCGGACACUGGUGACAUAAGCAUAGACGAUCUCAACACGUCUACGAUUGGAUUAUUAGACUUGAGACGACGUCUUGCCAUUAUUCCCCAAGACGCAGCUUUGUUUGAAGGUACUGUUCGGGACAAUUUGGACCCAGGCCACGUUCACGACGAUACCGAACUUUGGAGCGUUCUAGAUCAUGCACGAUUAAAGGAGCACGUAGCAACCAUGGAAGGCGGAUUGGAGGCUAAGAUCAAUGAAGGAGGAUCUAACUUGUCAGCGGGUCAACGACAGCUUAUCUCUUUAGCACGUGCGAUGCUCACACCGUCUAACAUCCUCGUGCUGGAUGAGGCGACAGCAGCCGUCGACGUGGAGACGGACGCCAUGCUACAGAAUACGUUACGCUCAGAGCUCUUCUCACACCGCACCAUCAUCACGGUUGCUCACCGCAUUAACACCAUCCUCGACAGCGACAGAGUAGUAGUCCUUGACAAGGGCGAGGUAGUCGAGUUUGAUACACCGCAAGCGCUUAUCAAGAAGCAAGGUGUGUUCUACGGCUUGGUCAAACAAGCUGGGUUAGAUACCGAGUAG